GUGCAGGCUUUUUUGGUUUUUUUGGGCUGAGCCUGUGAAUGUAACAAGCCAUCGCAGUGCCCCUGUACCAAGAGCUGCCGUCUGUAGUUCAGUCACUCAGCACCUUGUCCGUUCCUUCCCUGCUGCUGGACACGGUGGUCACCACGUCCACCAGACCUCUCCCUCCCCUCUCCUCCGAUGCUUGUCCAAGGCUCUCAUUGUGACGAAAGACAAGCCUCCAGUGAGAUUUUUCGAAGGAUCAGGAGAACAAGUAGGGGUUUCUUCAGCUGCUAGAACAGGAAUAAAGAAGUCCUUGUGCCGGCCAAGGAGGGGCUCCCCGGACAAGGGGGAGGGACAGGAAGACCCUUCAAGCAGCAGCAAGCAAACACACUCCUGAAGCCGUCUGAAGACAACAUUGAUGCAACUGACCAGCACUGUCUACUCAGGUUCACCAGCGCGUUGAUGGACUGACUGACCACGGAGAUGAUGGAGAACAAUCCCGGCGGCUUCAGUGAUCGCAGGGCGGCGGGGCUGAAGAAGUCUCCGCUGGACCUGAUAGAGACGGGGAAAGGGUUAAAAGUACAGACGGAGCAACCCCACCUGGUGAGCCUGGGCAGUGGGCGUCUCAGCACCGCUAUCACCAUUCUGCCGAUACGUGAGGGUCGGUCCACAAUCGGAUCUGCAGAAAAUGAUAUCGUGGUGCAGGGAGCCGGGGUCGCCGCCAAACAUGCGUACAUUUUGAACAGAGGAGGGGUGAUCACCCUGCACCCGUGCGGCCAUCCCUGUGCCAUAGACGGCAUUGCCAUCACGAAGCCAGUCCGCCUCACACAAGGUUGCAUGCUGUGUUUCGGAAAUUCAGCUUUCUUCCGAUUCAACCACCCAGCAGAAGCCAUCAGGAUGAAGAGUAUGAUGCCAAGUGGUGGGCAUGGCCUGGCUCCGCAGCUCGGUACCAGUGCAGGUGAUGCCGACUGCCUGGUGAAUGGGAACCACCCGUUUGGUCAGGUACGGAGCAGAGGCCAGCCGGCACACAGCUCUCUGGUCAGUUCCAUCGAGAAGGACCUCCAGGAUAUCAUGGACUCUUUAGUACUGGAGGAACCGCAGGACACAGCAGCUGCAACUGUGACAAAGCCAUCCCCCGUGGUGAACGGAGGCAGCCGCUAUCUCCUGUCCCCACCUGUCAGCCCGGGCUCCAUGUCGGUGGGCUCGAGUUAUGAAAACGCCUCUCCGCCUUUCUCACCCUUGUCGUCCCCUUCUGCUGCCAGCAGUGGGAGCAUCAGUAGCCCCUCACCUUGUAGCAGCCAGGAUCAGGGACCCUUGUUGCCCCCAAUUCCUGUGAGGACAUCCAGUUACAACCACGGCGUCCAGUCUCUGCUGCCUCAGCCCCGGGUGGGCAGUACAGGGCAGAGACGGGCACUGUUAGAAGCGCCUCCGAGCCCCACACUAAGCCGCAGGGGCCUGACUCCAGAUCCAGCUGGGCAGCAGUUGUUAUCCCCCAUCACUUCACUUUCCCUGCCCACUGGCAACUCGGUCCCGGGGAGUCCCAGGGCCACCCCCAGGCACCACCAGACCCCCAGAUCUAAAGCUGGGGUGGUGCUACAAGAGCGUCCUGCCAGCCCCUUCCGUGAGCACUCGGCCACUGACCGCUCCCUCUGCCCCAGCCCGUCGCGCCAGCUGACCCCCGAAAGCCCCCGACUGGCACGCCGUAAUCCAGAAAGCCUGCGGGAUCUGCCCCCUCUCAGCCCUUCAAUGUCCCGCCGAGGACUCGGAGGAGUGUCCAAUCCCACUCUGCCCACUGCAGCUUCCUCCUCCUCCCUGGGCCGGCCAUUACGGGGCGAUGUCCCUGAAAGCCCACGGCUGCGUCGCAAGGCCGCAUCACCCCCUGAAGUACGAGCCCGCAGCCCCUCCCCCUCAGCUGUCAUUCAGCAGGGUGACCUCGGCGCUGGCAGUGUGCUCUCACCCGCGUACAGUCUGGGCUCUCUGACCAGCUGUUCUCCGCUGCCCAGUCCACGCCCGUAUAGGAAGAUGUCAGCCGGAACGCCUCUCCCCGGCGGGCGCGAGAGGAAGAACAGCAUCACCGAGAUCAGCAAUGAUGAAGACGAGCUGCUCGAGUACCACCGGCGCCAGCGUGAGGAGAGGCUCCGUGAGCAGGAGAUGGAGAGGCUGGAGCGCCAGCGGCUCGAGACCAUCCUGAGCCUCUGUGCCGAGUACAACAAAGCUGACUCUGGAAUGGGGGAGACCUGGGACAAGGAGCGGGCUUCUCCAGGUCUGCCAAUUGACGACCUCCCCUCUCAGAGGCUCACAGCAAACCGAGGGGCCGGACCUUUCAACCGGGGGCCACAGAGGCCGAGCGAGGAGGAGAAUCUGCGGGAGGAGUGCAGCAGUACGGAGAGCACCCACCAUGAGCACGAGGAGUCUGCAGGGGGCAGCAGUGCCUCUCACGAAGUCACCUACUUAGAAGAGGAGCAGACCCGGGUUCAGAGCCACAUUGACGAGCUGAAGGCUCGAGUGACAGAGCUGGAUCAUCACCUUCAGGAAUCCCAGCAAGAGGCUGACAUGGAGCGAGCUCUGCUUCAGGGGGAACGUCGCUCCGAACUGGAGCAAAUUCAGACCGAGCAAGAAAUCCUCAUGGAGAUACAACGGAAACUGGGAGACGUGGAGAAGAGCAUCCAGAGGGAGAAAGACAAGGGGAGUGCCCACGUCACGGCCGAGCGGGACGCCCUGGAGAGGCACCAGGAGGCUUUCGGUGAGCUGAAGAGGCAACUUUAUAACUGUCCCGAGUGUCUGAGGGAGCAGUUACAGGAGCAGCUCAAGAGGGAGGCUGAUGCGCUGGAGUCCCAGUCCAAGCUUUUCGAGGACCUUGAAUUCCAGCAGCUGGAGAAGGAGAGUCGACUGGAAGAGGAGCGCGAGACGGUCACUCAGCAGCUGCUACAGGAGAAGGCCGAGUACCAGAAUAGUGUGUCCAUGAGGAAGGAGAAGGUGCUGGCGCUGGAGAGCCAAGCCCGUCAGUUGGGAGCACAGGCUUCUCAGGAGAGCGAGAGGCUAAUGGUGGACCGCAGCCUCGCUGCGCAGCUUCUGCAGAAAGAGAAGGAGAGGCUGUCUGUCCUGGAGAAGAGGUACUUUAGCCUGACGGGGCGGAAGAACUUCCCAAGAACCUCGGCCAUGAAGGAGGAUGUGCUCCAUAUUAGUGAGGCCAAUGACCUUGCAGCGGAAGCCCAAACUUUGUCGAGGCCCCAAGCUUCUGUGUGCAUCACGGCACAGGAGGACUAUGUGACCAUCAGCCAGUUACAAGAGAUCUAUGGGAGAAUGACGGCGGACCCCCAGCGGUCCAGUGACUCCCUGCCCGUGGCCUCGACCCUCUCUCUGCUGCCUGAGGACCCCCUUCCUCAGCAGGGUGGGUUUCCUGACUUAGACCAGUGGUGCCAGGACAGGCAGGCCUGUCAGGAGGUUGUGCCUCCCACCCCCCCUCACCUCUGUCCACCUCCCCUUCCUGCCAAAUCCAGGCCACCUCAGAUGUAUCGCAUGAAGAUGGACAAUGAUGGUGGCUCAACAGUGCCAUACAAAGCAAGCCAGCAGGGUUCCUCUACGCUGGGCCGCAACACCCCUUCCAAGAGCCCCCUUCUUCCAUCAGACAGAUCAGGCAGCCUUCCACGAAAUCUGGCGAGCACCCUGCAGGACAUUGAAGCCAAGAGGCAGCUGGCACUGCAGCAGAAAAGCCAGCUGGUCAUUGAGGAGCAGCGCCGUCGGCUGGCAGAGCUGAAGCAGAAGGCAGCUGCCGAGGCCCAGUGCCAGUGGGAGGCACUUCAUGGCUCGCAGACGUACCUUGCCGUGCCUGGAGCACAGCUUGUCCACCAUUCUGUUUUGCACCACCAUCCAUUGGCGGCCGGCGAGAGUGCCUACGAUACGCUGAGUCUGGAGAGCUCAGACAGCAUGGACACCAGCAUAUCCACUGGCAACAACUCGGCCUGCUCUCCUGACAAUGUGUCCAGUGCCAGUGGGACAGAUGCCUCCCGGCUUGAGGAGAUGGAGAGAAUGCUGAAGGAGGCACAGAUGGAGAAAGCGAGACUCAUGGAGACCCGGGAACGUGAAUAUCAGAGCCGGCGGCAGAUGCUGGCAGAGGAGCAGCGCAGACGGGAGGAACUUGAGAAGAGGCUGCAGGAGGAGACUGAGCAUCGGCAGCAGCUGGUGGAGAGGGAGAUCAAGAUGAGAGAGAAGAACUUUUCUCAGGCCCGCCCACUCACACGUUACCUCCCGAUUCGCAAAGAGGAGUUCGACCUGCGGGCGCACAUCGAGUCUUCAGGGCACAACGUGGAGACGUGCUACAGCGUCAUUAUUACAGAGAAGAUGUGCAAAGGUUACCUGGUAAAGAUGGGCGGGAAAAUCAAAUCCUGGAGAAAACGCUGGUUUGUUUUUGACCGGAUGAAGAGGACGUUGUCUUACUAUGCAGAUAAACACGAGACGAAGCUCAAAGGGGUGAUCUACUUCCAGGCCAUUGAGGAGGUCUACUAUGACCAUCUGCGUAGUGCGGCAAAGAAGGGACGUUUCGGCCUCACAUUGGCCAGCGUUUGUAUCCCAGUGUGUCGUUCUGCAGCCGCUGUGCAUCAGGGGGCUGCCGCCCUGUUCGAGGGGACGCUUUUAGGACGCCUUUGCCCCCGAGCGGGGGAUGGCAGCACCAGUUUCAUCAAUGAGGAAGCAAACAUGGCCACCAGUUCCAUACCGAGUCCAAACCCAGCACUGACCUUCUGUGUGAAGACGCACGAUCGCCUUUACUACAUGGUGGCUCCAUCUCCGGAAGCGAUGAGGAUCUGGAUGGACGUGAUAGUCACUGGGGCCGAGGGUUACACGCAAUUCAUGAACUGAAGGAGGGAGUGCUGCGGUGACCGUCCCCUCGCCGUUCUGCUUUAAGAGACAAAAAGCUGCCACGGCAGGGCUCUUUCUUUCCAGCCUGAUUUCUCAACUGGUGCCAAGCCCAAAUUUUUGAGAUUCGUUCCGAAUGCCAAAUUAGAAGGAGGAGGAGGAGGAGGAGCAGCCACUGCCCAAUUUCAGGCACAAAAGCCAUCUUUCUUUUUCUAUUUUCUAUUUAUUAACAAUGGACAGCUGGGGCUGGGCCUUCACUGGGGCUGUCCACUAAGAGGGCAGGGAGUGGAAAAGUAACCUGGGGUCACAUGUCCAGUCCCAUCAUGUGUCCAGCAGAAGGUCAUCUGCUUUAUUAAAGGUGACUUGUUGUUACAAA